AUGAGAAACGAAGUACAAUUGUUUUUAUUACAAAAUGAAAUAUCAAUCAUGAAAAAAUUGCAAAAUUCUACAAAUAUUAAUUUGCUUAAAUUACAUGACGUUAUUUAAACAUAAAAUAAUACUUAUAUUAUUACAGAAUUAUGUAAUUAAGGAGAUUUAAAAUAGCUUCUUGAUAAAAACAAGUUUUUUGAGGAAUAGUAAGCCCUUAAAAUACUUAAACAUAUACUCAAUGGAUAUAGGGAGUUGGCUAAAAAUAAAAUUAUACAUAGAGAUAUUAAACCAGCUAAUAUUUUAAUUAAUAAUGGAAUUCCGAAAAUCUCAGAUUUUGGAUUUUCUAAAGAAAUUGAUGCACCUCCUUUUAAAUAUUUAUAUAAUGUAGGAACUCCUAUUUAUAUGUCUCCUUAAAGUUUAGAUAAAAAUGAAUAUAAUUAAAAAAGUGAUAUUUGGGCUAUAGGCGUACUUUAUUAUGAAUUGCUAUAUGGAAUGACUCCUUGGAUAGCCGAUAAUGAACAGUAAUUAAGGCAUAAAAUUAAUACUAUAAAUGUUUAAUUUCCUACUUAUAGACAUGUUUCUAAUAAAUCUAAAAAUUUUAUUUUGGAUUGCCUUAAAUUGGAUGAGCAAUAGCGUUGUGGAUUAGAAGAAAUAGAUAAACAUGCUUUAUUAUAAAUUAACUUGAAUAAUAAAAUUAUUAGUAAGAAUUUAAAUAAUGAAUUGUAAUAAUAAUAACAAUGUAUAUUAGGUAUAUAAGAUGGAAAAUAUAAUAAAAUGAAUUAGUAAAAUAAAAAUUAUACUAAAUAAUAAAAUACAGCUAAGUAAAAAUAUUUAUUUUAUUUUUAUUUAAUAACGUACAUUAAAUUUUAUUUAAAUUUUUAUAAGAAUUUAAAAAAAUUGAAAAGCUUAGAAAGCUCUUUUGAUAAAUAAAUUUAAUAAAAAUAUAAACUACCUAAAUCUUUAAAUAAAAACUCAUAAUUAUGUAUAAAAAAUUCCGAAAAAAUGGAAAAAAAGAAAGAUGAGAAAUACACUCAAAACGAUAAAAUAAUUCUUUCUUAAAUUAAUUUAUGUCGUUUCCUAUAUAAAAUGUUAAAAUUAGCUUAACAAACUACUUUAAUAUAGAAAGAUUUCCUUAAAGAAAAAAUAAUAUUUUUAAUAUCAAAAAACUUAAUGAUUCAUAUUUAAAAAUUAAAUAUUAUGGUAUUGACUAAUAUGAACACUUAUAAAUUAGAUAAUUGGUCUUUAUAUAGUAAAAGUGAGAACUAUUAAAUAUUGUAAAUAGUAAUUAAGCAAUAUAAUAAAAAAUAUUCUGAUAGUUUCAAUAUAAUAUGGGAAAAAUUAAAUAAAAAUGACUUGGAUAAAGAUUAAAAAUUCAAUGUCAUUUUCGAUGAAAAUUUUGUUGAAUUCGAGACUUUUUAUAUUAUUUUGAUUAGUUUUUUGAGAUAUAGUAUUAGAUAAAUAAAUUUUGAAAUAAAAAAUUUAAUUACUAUUGAUUAAAAUUUAAGUAUUCCUGAUGAGUAUUAAUAGAGUUUAGUGUUAAAUGAUUAUCUAAUUACAUAUUUCUAACUUACUAAUCUAAUGCUAGAACAUUUCAAAGAUUAUAAGUAUUUUGCUGAAAGUUCGAAAAUUGAAUAAAUUGCAUAAGGAUAACCUGUUAAACUUAAUAAAUAGCACUUUAAACAAAUAUAAAAUAAAAUAGCUAAUUUAGAAAUAUGA